UGGACGCAGUUAAGGGAGCUUAGUAAGCCCUCGGGUAACCACUGUGGUUUCUCCUUUCUCACUUUGUCCCGUCCUCAGCUGUAGGUGCCUCCUUCCCCUGACGGCUACACAGAGAAACAAAUUGGAAUUGAGACUUCAGGCCCCAGCUAAAUCGUCCGCCGUUGGAAGAGACAUGGCUGUGCCCCUGGGUAGUGCGAUGCAGACCUUGAAUCAGGGCUCCGUGUUGGAAGAGUAUGACACUGACCGUGAAGUCUUCCGCCAGCGCUUCAGACAGUUCCAGUAUGAAGAAGCAGCUGGGCCACGUGAUGCUUUCAAGAAACUCUCGGAACUUUGCCGUCAGUGGCUGAAGCCAAAUUUAGGUUGUCUGGAAGAAAUCUUGGAAGUGCUAGUGUUGGAGCAACUCAUGCAGAUUCUGCCCAUAGAGAUACAGAACUGCACCAGGCAGUUUAGCAUGAAAAAUAGAGAAGCUCUUUUUUCACUGAUAGAAUUCUUACAGACAAAAACUGACGUAUCAGAGCAGCAGGUGGAUAGGCAGGAAGUGCUCUUGGAAGCACUGGCACCGGUGGGAACGGCGCACAUACCACCAGACAUCCACCUGGAGUCACCCCCAGUCCAAGUGAUGGGACCUGCCCCGGAGGCCCCAGUGGCAGAGGCGUGCAUCCCACAGGGAGGGCCGCAGGAGCUGAGCUAUGGUGCUGCUGGGGAAUGCCAGCCCUUUCUGGACCCAGGAUGCUCAUGGCCAAUCCGGGACCUGAGGCUCCCCAAAGGGCAUCAAGAAGAGCCGUGGGAGAAGGAAUUCCACGACCCCAAGGAAGGGAUGGCAGGACUCCACGGCUCUGUGAUAGAUGGAAAUGGGCCCAAUUCACCCAAACACUCAGAAGAGCUGAAAAGUCCGUUGGGAACUCCCGCAGAGCAGCUGCCGUGGGAUGGCCCAGUGCCUGUCCAUGACGAGAGCCCGUCUCUAGGAGAGGCAGCUGAGAGCUCCAGCAGGGAAGGGCCCCUCAGCCCCAGACCCCAGAAGCAGGAAAGUCCCGGAGACCUCAUAAGGCAUCAUCCGGGUCACACAGAGGAGAUGCCUUUUGAAUGCGCUGUGUGUAAGAGGCGAUUCAGGCAACGGUCAUCCCUUGUAUUGCACCUUAAAACUUAUUCUGGACAAGAAACAUACCAAUGUCAUGAGUGUAGCAUGAUUUUCUGUAGUAGAGUAAGUUUUAUAAGACACCUGAGAAUCCACACAGAUGGAAAACCCCAUAUAUGUCAAAGUUGUGGGAAAUGUUUUCGUCGACGCCGAGAUCUUACUGUACACCAGGUAACGCACACUGAUGAGAGACCAUUCCUGUGCGAGUAUUGUGGGAAAAUGUAUAGGCAGAAAUCAAGCCUUAGUUUUCAUUUGAAAAAACCACACAGGGUAGAAGCCAUAGAAGUGUAUCCAUGGCUGUAG